GGCCGACCGCUUCUGAUGGUAGAGCCGCUUUUGUCCGCAGGCGUCGGUUAGGUUUCCCGUUGAAUUAAUGCGCUGCUCAGGGAAGCUGAUACCUUUAGAAGGCCUGCAUAGACAGCGAUUAAUCGCAUGAUGGCCCGCGGUGCCAAGUUCAGGCUCUAAGUCCCAUGGCAGCAGGCCCUGGGCCUUGCCGGCGAGGAGCAGCUUCCUAGUCAUCCCGAGAAGUGGACAGUCUGAGUGUCCCGGUGCGCGAUGGAUGCGUCAGUACCAAUAGAGCACGUGCUGUUGAGAAUCAAGGUUCUCAACCUGGCCUACCUGACUGCCGCGCUGCCUCUAUUCACUCUCAUUUUCUGCUUCGCCACGUCAAUGUUGUUCCAGUAUACCACUGUGAAUACGACUGUCUGCAAGGUGUACAACUUCUGCCCGUCCGUGAGCGCCAUCACGGGCAUCUCGCCGCAGCGCUACGUGUGGCGCAUGGGCGUCGCGCUGCACACGGGCCCGCGGCUGCUGCUGGCGUCGCUCUACCCUCGCUACUUCGCGCGCCGCGCCGCCCUGGUGCCGGCCCCCAAGAGGGCGCUCUUCUCGCGCCUGACGCGCGCCAACUACGCGCUGCACCUGACCGAGGCCCUGUGCCUGGUCGGCGUCACGUACGUCUCGAACCGCGAGAACUACCCGGUGCACGAGAAAAUCUUCAUCGUCUUCAUGGUCUCGUCGCUGCUCUACAUGGUCGGCACGUGCCUGGCGGUGCACAUGUGCGCCCACAAGGACGACACUCAUAUGGAACGUAAGUCGCGUCGCCUCAAGUUCUCACUGCUGGUGCUGACCCUGGCGGCCAGUGCAGGCAUGCUCUUCUUCUUCUACAAGCACCGAAUCCACUGCGUCGAACUGGCGUUCAGCUGGUUCUCCAUCUGCGAGUACGUGAUCUGCCUGUGUAACAUGGCGUUCCACCUGACCCUCGUGUACGACAUCCCCAACGAGGAACUGCUCGUCGGCCUGCCCGUGACGAAGGCCGUCUGCUCUUCUUCCUCCGCCUCUUCCCGGAAGGACCAAUGAGACACGACAAGCCGCUAGUGCCAAUGGAUGCGCGCUCUCUUCCACGCACACACCACACACACAUCUCUCUCUCUCUCUCACUCGCUCUCUCUCUCUCUCUUUAUGCGUCGCUCGAGGCCAACCCCUGUACGGCUCUCGAGCGCGCAUGUACCUGCGCCCGCUCGCCCGCGCUGCCGCUUUAACGCGGCGCGGCAACUGCACGGGACGCUUUCCCGGCGUAUAUUUGCGUUACGUCGGUGCGUCCUCUUCGCGACAUCUGGUAACAGCUGCGGUGUUUAAAGGCCGCCCCGUAGCGCUUUUACCGACGUUUUUUGGCAUUGCGUCUCUCGGCGUCGUCGCAUGAACGCCGCCAGAGAGCAUCCAGCCACACGAGCGGCACGUGGACCAACGCUGAAUGGUCUGCGCUCGUCGAGCCGCUUCCGGCGGCGGCUCUGGUGUCUUGAGCGCGCCACCCUCUGCGUCGACGCCAAGCGACGCCGGGUGACGAAACGUCAGAAAACACCGGGAAAACGCUUAAUGUGAGGCGGCCUUUGAAGGCCAAAGAUACGUACCGACGAGUCUGCGUUUCAGCCAAUAAAAAGUAUAAACGAAAUUCCUGUCGGAACUAUAAAACGCGCUCGUUGCAAAAUGGGCGCAGCGGGAGCUGCGUCGGAAACGCGUUCCAUGUGGUUGCCGCUGAAGAUCUCGUACGCAGGCCACUGGUGCCGCCACCCUCGGCGCACGUGUCUUACCUCGCUGCGGGAAAGCAUACGCGAGCGGGAAGAGCGAGCUCGUGUAAAUUUAGUCACUCUCCGAUCUAGUCACAACAUCGUUUUCAUCCUCGCGCGAGGACGACGAAGAAAUGACCGUAGCGUCACGCAAGCUACCACUGGCGUGAGCGCCAGUGGUAGCUUGCGUGACCUACUACGGCAUGAGCGCGGGUGCUUGUAGAGGAAACACAACUUCCAGGGAAGGGUGCGCGCCUCCUCCUGUCUCUUCCCGGCACUCGGUAGCGUGCCUCUCUUCCACCAUCGACGCCAUUUUUUUCUUGGUGGGGGUAGGUGGGUGGGUGGCUGGUGAAGGGGUGGGGGGUCGUCGCGAGUUUUCUGCUCAAAGAGACGCUCCUCUAAAAAUAAAGUUGUCUUUUGUCCAGCAUUGCUCGGCUGUGUUCUCUUCAACUGCUCUCAAUGCUGCUGCUAGUGCUUGUGCCUCCACAAGCGCGGUACAGAGGGCUGCAAUAAAAUUUCCUUUCUUUCUAUCCUUCGGUUAGAGAGAGAGAGAGAGUGAAACGCUUAUUAAGUAAAGUAAAAGGCGGUGCUUCCGGUGAGGAUACCUAGAUUAGGUUGAUCGUUUUGCUCCUCAAGAGGUAUUGUACACGUUAGAACGACCGAACUUCAUUUUCACAUCGCCUUCACUUUGAAUAACACACCGAACAUAAUUUCACAUGUAAAUAUCAAGCCCAUCUUUUUCACACUUUUUCUUUCUUCCGCCCUCAGAGCCUUUCCAUCCCUCAUCUCCUCUCCCGUGCAGAGUAGCAUGUAGGCGACUUUACGAGCGCCGAAAAAAUCUCUGCGUUUCAUUAAAGAGCUCUCUCGCUCUCUC